AUGGUAAUGCGUCGCAAGGCAGUGAAGCAGAUUUUUAGGUAUUUGAAGGGCACCGUUCAUUAUGGGCUUGUGUAUACGAGAGGAGGAACAGAAGAAGUAAUCACCGGGUAUACUGAUAGUGAUCUGAUCGAUGACAUAGAUGAUAGGAAGAGUACCAGAGGUAUAGCUUUCUAUAUCAAUGAUAGUCUGGUGUCAUGGAACUCGCAGAAGCAGAAAACUGUGGCUUUAUCUUUGUGCGAGGCUGAAUUCAUGGAGGCAAUGGCGGCGACAUGCCAAGCACUGUGGCUUAGAAGUCUGUUGAGGGAGCUAAUAGGAGAAGAGCCCAAAGCAGUUAAAUUGUUUGUAGAUAAGGAAUCAGCGAUUGCUUUGAUGAAGAAUCCAGUGUUUCACGGUCGUAGCAAACACAUUGACACCAAGUUUCAUUUCAUCCAUGAGUGCAUUAAAAGAAGCCAAAUUGAAGUUAAAUUCAUCUGCACGGAGGAGCAGUGA